GAGGAAAAGAAGGUUGUGAGGCCCAGUCAAACUUGAGCCAGCGUGAAGGCCCCUUCAGGCAGCGCCGAGGGCAGCCCCGCAGUCAGGGCCUGGUGCAGCCUCCGCGGCCGCUGUCAGGGAAGCGGAGGCGGCCAAUGGAGCUCGGGAGCGGCCGCUGCUGCUGAGGCGGCGGUGCCGGCAGCCCCGACCCCGACCGCCCGCACCUCCUCCGCAGGGGUCCCCCGGAGUUUGAAAGCUCGAAGUCUGGCUGUUGCCAUGGGAGACACGGUAGUGGAGCCCACCCCUCUGAAGCCAACUUCUGAGCUCACUCCUAGCCCACCAGGGAAUAAUGGGGGCUCCUUGCUAAGUGUCAUCACGGAGGGUAUCGGGGAACUAUCAGUGAUUGACCCUGAGGUGGCGCAGAAGGCUUGCCAGGAGGUGCUGGAGAAAGUGAAGCUUUUGCACGGAGGUGUGGCCGUCUCUAGCAGAGGUACCCCACUGGAGUUGGUCAAUGGGGAUGGUGUGGACAGUGAGAUCCGUUGCUUAGAUGAUCCGCCUGCCCAGAUAAGGGAGGAAGAAGAUGAGGUGGGGGCCACUGUGGCCUCGGGUACCGCCAAAGGAGCAAGAAGGCGGCGUCAGAACUCAGCUAAACAGUCUUGGCUGCUAAGGCUGUUUGAGUCAAAACUAUUUGACAUUUCCAUGGCCAUUUCAUAUCUGUAUAACUCCAAGGAACCUGGAGUGCAAGCCUACAUUGGCAACCGGCUCUUCUGCUUUCGUAAUGAGGAUGUGGACUUUUAUCUGCCCCAGUUGCUUAACAUGUACAUCCACAUGGAUGAGGACGUGGGUGAUGCCAUCAAGCCCUACAUAGUCCAUCGCUGCCGCCAGAGCAUUAAUUUUUCUCUCCAGUGUGCCCUGUUGCUUGGGGCUUACUCUUCAGACAUGCACAUUUCCACUCAACGACACUCCCGUGGGACCAAGCUACGGAAGCUGAUCCUCUCAGAUGAGCUGAAGCCAGCUCACCGAAAGAGGGAGCUGCCCUCCCUGAGCCCAGCCCCUGACACAGGGCUUUCUCCUUCUAAAAGGACUCACCAGCGCUCUAAGUCAGAUGCCACUGCCAGCAUAAGUCUCAGCAGCAACCUGAAACGAACUGCCAGCAACCCUAAAGUGGAAAAUGAGGAUGAGCCCAUCAGACUGGCUCCUGAGCGCGAGUUCAUCAAGUCCCUGAUGGCGAUUGGCAAGCGGCUAGCCACACUUCCCACCAAGGAGCAGAAGACACAGAGACUAAUCUCAGAGCUCUCCUUGCUCAAUCAUAAGCUCCCUGCCCGAGUCUGGCUACCCACUGCCAGCUUUGACCACCACGUGGUCCGAGUGCCCCACACCCAGGCUGUUGUCCUCAACUCCAAGGACAAGGCUCCGUACCUGAUCUAUGUGGAAGUCCUUGAAUGUGAAAAUUUUGACACCACCAGUGUCCCUGCCCGGAUCCCUGAAAACAGAAUUCGGAGUACACGGUCUGUGGAGAACCUGCCCGAAUGUGGCAUCACCCAUGAGCAGCGGGCCGGCAGCUUCAGCACUGUGCCCAACUAUGACAACGAUGAUGAGGCCUGGUCAGUGGAUGACAUCGGCGAGCUGCAGGUGGAGCUCCCUGAAGUACACACCAACAGCUGUGACAACAUCUCCCAGUUCUCCGUGGACAGCAUCACCAGCCAGGAGAGCAAGGAGCCUGUGUUCAUUGCAGCAGGGGACAUCCGACGGCGCCUUUCUGAACAGCUGGCUCACACCCCCACAGCUUUCAAACGAGACCCAGAAGACCCUUCUGCAGUUGCUCUCAAAGAGCCCUGGCAGGAGAAAGUGCGGCGCAUCCGAGAGGGUUCCCCUUAUGGCCAUCUCCCCAAUUGGCGGCUCUUGUCAGUCAUUGUCAAGUGUGGGGAUGAUCUUCGGCAGGAACUGCUGGCCUUUCAGGUGCUGAAGCAACUGCAGUCCAUUUGGGAGCAGGAACGAGUACCCCUUUGGAUCAAGCCAUACAAGAUCCUUGUGAUUUCGGCCGACAGCGGUAUGAUUGAGCCAGUGGUCAAUGCUGUGUCCAUACACCAGGUGAAGAAGCAGUCCCAGCUCUCUCUGCUUGAUUACUUCCUGCAGGAGCACGGCAGCUACACCACCGAGGCAUUCCUCAGUGCCCAGCGCAAUUUUGUACAAAGCUGUGCUGGCUACUGCUUGGUCUGCUACCUGCUACAGGUCAAGGACAGACACAAUGGGAACAUCCUUUUGGACGCAGAAGGCCACAUCAUCCACAUCGAUUUUGGCUUCAUCCUAUCCAGCUCACCUCGAAAUCUGGGCUUUGAGACGUCGGCCUUUAAGCUGACCACAGAGUUUGUGGAUGUGAUGGGUGGCCUGGAUGGUGACAUGUUCAACUACUACAAGAUGCUGAUGCUGCAGGGGCUAAUUGCUGCUCGAAAACAUAUGGAUAAAGUGGUGCAGAUUGUGGAGAUCAUGCAGCAAGGUUCUCAGCUCCCUUGCUUCCAUGGCUCCAGCACUAUCCGCAACCUCAAAGAGAGGUUCCACAUGAGCAUGACUGAGGAGCAGCUCCAGCUGCUGGUGGAGCAGAUGGUAGACGGCAGCAUGCGGUCCAUUACCACCAAACUCUAUGAUGGCUUCCAGUACCUCACCAAUGGCAUCAUGUGACAUCCUCCUUCUUGGGCCCAGCAGUGGUGGGGAGAGCCAGAAGACCCUCCCUAGGAGGGCCCUUGCCUGGUAAACCCCAAACCAAGAAAACCCCACCCACCCAUCCACCCCAGGGAAAUACAAAGGAUCAUGUGGUAACUGCAAGAGUGUGCCAGGGUUGGGAGGUGGGAGAGCCAGCCGCCACGGAGGUCCAGAUUUGCUGGGGCUCCCCUGCUCCCCAGCUGUGUGUCAGUAUUAUCACCUGACAGAAUCGAGGACUGUCCUCCAGAGAACAGAGGUGAUGAAUGUGGAGGGGACGGACACAGGCCUUUCUCCUCACCAGGGUCAAAGAGGUUCUAUCCAUAGGCCAUCCUCGUCUGCUUGAGGUCCCAAAAAGUGAGGGCAUGAGCAGGUUCUUGGUACUUAGGACUUGAUCCUGUAGUUGGCCUUUGGCCAUGCUGCUGCCCUGCUCUUCCCUCCCAGGGACUGACCCCUAGCCAGAGUGUCCCUUGAUCCGUGGGCUUUGGCAUGAGGUCCUGCACUUGCUGAGGGUCCCUAUCCCAGGGGUGAGGAAGGGAAUUACCACAAUCCCUCGACAUGAGGAUCUUGGCCUAGCCAUGGGGAAUUCCUUGCUCUGAUCCCUUUCCUACCCCAGGGAAAUAGCUCUCAAUUUUUUUAUUUUCAAUUUUUGUUUGAAAUAAAGUCCUUAGUUAGCCA